CCGAUACCACUCGCUAUGUCUGGACGCGGAAAGCAGGGCGGCAAGGCUCGCGCCAAGGCCAAGACGCGCUCGUCGCGGGCCGGGCUGCAGUUCCCUGUCGGCCGCGUGCACCGCCUGCUCCGCAAGGGCAACUACUCGGAGCGGGUCGGGGCCGGCGCGCCCGUGUACCUGGCGGCCGUGCUGGAGUACCUGACGGCCGAGAUCCUGGAGCUGGCGGGCAACGCGGCCCGCGACAACAAGAAGACGCGCAUCAUCCCGCGCCACCUGCAGCUGGCCAUCCGCAACGACGAGGAGCUCAACAAGCUGCUGGGCCGCGUCACCAUCGCGCAGGGCGGCGUCCUGCCCAACAUCCAGGCCGUGCUGCUGCCCAAGAAGACCGAGAGCCACCACAAAGCUUAGGGCAAGUGAGGAGUUACCCACUCACGGUCCCUGCCCCAAACAGUGAAAGGUUCUCUUCUCAGAGCCACCAAACUUCUCGAGAA